UUCAUUCACGUUUAUGAUGUAAGUUCCUUUGCUUGUAACACAACAUGCAGCAGAGGCGGGUUUAAUCAAGACAUUUCUCUCUCUCUCUCUCUCUCUCUCUCUCUCUCUCUCUCUCUCUCUCUCUCUCUCUCUCUCUCUCUCUCUUUCCCUCUCUCUCUCUCUUUCUCUCUCAGUCAGUCAUUCAUUCAGUCUAUAAAGGGUUUCAUCCAGGAGCUCAUCUGUGAGUGAAUCUGUGAAUGGACUGGAGAUAUGACUCUGUUUGUUUAUGGGAUCUUGUGUUUGACGUCUCUCACAGCUGUUUCGUCUACUUUGCAUCCUGAAUGUGAAUAUAUUUUUCAGUUGGCCAGAGAUGAAGUGCAAUGUCUCGGCGAGAUCAAAGAAGUUGGAAACCUCAGCAGCUCAGGUUGUCUACCUGUAUGGGAUUCAGUGUUGUGUUGGCCCAGAGCUGCAGUAGGUGACACAAUCUACCUGCCCUGUCCACCUGUUUUCUCUUUAUUCAAAAACAACACAGGUUUAGUGGGUCGUAACUGCAGUGCUGGAGGUUGGUCCCAGCCUUUCCCUCCAUAUCAUGAGGCCUGUAGUGUUGAAGAUGAAAUCAUUGAGGAUUCAUACUUUGCUACAGUGAAACUGAUCUACACCAUUGGUUACGGAGCAUCACUCCUCUCUCUCUCUGUUGCCGUGGUAAUCUUGUUGCUCUUCAGAAGACUACACUGUGCUCGAAACUACAUCCACAUGCAGCUCUUCUUGACCUUCAUCCUCAAAUCCGUGGCUGUAUUUAUAAAAGAUGCUACACUGUUUGCCAGUGAUGACACAGACCACUGCACGCUGUCUUCGGCGGCAUGUAAAGCAUCUGUGGUGUUUUGUCAUUAUUGUGUGAUGUGUAAUUUCUUCUGGUUGCUGGUUGAAGCAGUGUAUCUGAACUCUCUGCUGGUCUCCAACUUCCCGCGCAUGCGCCGAUGCCUCUUGAGUUUUGCUUUACUGGGUUGGGGUGUACCAUUAGUCUGCACCAUCCUGUGGAUUAUCUCCAGGCUGUUUUUUGAGGACACAGAGUGCUGGGACAUCAAUGAAGAUUCUCCUUUUUGGUGGAUCAUCAAGGGUCCAAUUGUCGUAUCUAUAGGGGUGAACUUUCUUCUUUUUAUGAACAUUAUCAGGAUUCUGGUCCAGAAGCUGAACCCUCGUCUGAUCCAGUUCAAUAACUCUGCUCAGUACAGGCGACUGACCAAGUCCACCCUUCUGCUCAUCCCUCUCUUCGGCACUCAUUACAUAGUGUUCAGUUUUCUCCCAGACUACUUCAACGUGAGCCUGCGGCUUUGCGUCGAGCUCUGUCUGGGCUCCUUCCAGGGUCUCAUUGUCGCAGUUCUGUACUGUUUCCUAAACCAGGAGGUUCAGAAAGAAAUACGCUUACGAUGGAUUCGUCAUCAAGAGGAGAGUUACGCUGUCGUACCUGUUGGAGCCAAAGGAAGUCAGAUGGACACUCCAUUUUAAAGUCACUAAAGCUUGAGACCCCUGAUACAAUAUUCUGUGCAUACAGUACAGGUGUAUCCCCAAAAGGGAUUUGAACAUGCAUGAAUGUCAGUGCAUAUUUAUUUUAUUUAAGUUUCAUUAAAUAUAAACAUAAACAGAAUGUUUGACAUUACACAUGGUAAAAUAAUGACAUUAAGUGCAGCUUAAAUAUUUUUUGCUACAACAUGUUAUAUAUGUUUUACACGUGUUUGGAUGUUUCAUUGGAAAUAGUGAUCUCUCUGGGGAACUUUGGGUGGGAUUACUUCAAAUAUGGCCAAAAAACAAUAAUUAUAUUGUCAGAAAAUGGUUAAAAAUGCUCCCUUGCUGUCACUAGGACCGUACAACUUCAAAAAUAUACAUAAAGUUCAUAUUAGUACAUACUAGUACCAAAUUAAUAUCUGUAAGACAUUCUUACAGGGUACUGCCCCAGUGACACUUAGGACCAUUUUGACCUUUUUUUCUGACAGCGUAUUUACUACAGAUGCCUUUCAAAUCUAGAUAAUUAUUACUCUAGUUGGUUUAUUAUUUUGUGCUAAUAUUGAAGGAGAGCAGGUCUGAUGUUUGUAUUUGCAAUAUUUAUGUUAGGUUCACAUUUUCUCACAGUAUUUACAAGAUUUAUUCAAUUGUUAUCUCUAGCAGUGUUGUCUUUACAAAUCAAAAAAUGUCUUUGAGAUAUGUAUUUAUUAACUCUACAUACGAAUUAUAAUAUCAUCACGAUUGGAGAUGUUUUUAUUUGGUUUCAUGUCAGUAUCACUGCAUUACAUAAUUAUUGAGAUUUUUCUCAGUAGAUUUAGUUUGAAUCUCAUCCCAGCAUUCCAGCUCAAAAGUGUACAGUCAAGCCAUCAUAACGUCUGUUUUGCUCGGUUACUUUUAGUGUUGUUUAAACCUGACAAAGUGUAUCAAGAUUUGUAUUUGAUUUGUCAGGGAGGCCAAGAGACCAAAGAUUCGUGUUUGUGUUGCUUUAAAGGCCCCUCUUCUUCUCUCCUCUAAUGUGCAUUGUUGUUUCUUGUAAUCUUGAAAUGAUAAAAAAAAAACAUUUUUUAUAUUGUAUUAUAAAAUAUAUUACAUGUUGUUUGUCAACAGUUCAUCAUUUUGUUUAUUUGUUUGAUUGUGUAACUUGUUUAUUUGAGUGCCUUUACGUCUCUUUUUAGAUCAGUAGAUUAAAUUAUAUAAGAGCUAUUUUGCAUUAAUCUGUGUUAUGGAUUUUUUUGUCGAUUUCCUUUAAUUGUGCAAUUUAAAGGCAAAGUGCCUCUGGCUUGAGUCUAUGCCAUAACUGAUGUGCAUAUGUUUGUGUACUGCAUGUCAAUUCAUUCAAGCAGGUGUGUACCUAAACAAGCUCUUACUGUUCAGAUCAAGUGUUUUUCUUUGAUGUCUGACAUUUACGCACUUUCUAUUAA